AUGAGUUGGUGUGUUCCGAGUUGGGAUGUAAUGGGAACUAACUCGGCCUCGCCUAAGAUCGCCGAUAACGUCAGUCCUAACUCGAAGACGGCCAUACGAGUUCCCAAGUUGGACUAUGAAGGAGUGACUGAGCUGACCUGGAAAAACGGGCAGCUGGGCAUGAACGGCCUGGCGUCUGCCCGCCCGGCCGCCGCGAAGCCACCAUCCGCCGUCGCGCCGGCGAAGUACACUGCCGUCUGGGAUGGGCCACAUGCCGGAGGGACCCUUGAGUCCAUAGUCGACCAGGCCACCAAGUACGCCGCCGCUACAGUGGCCGCCGACGCCAUAGUCCCCAGCAACAACAACGCCAGCUGUAAUAGUAACAAUAACACGAAUAGCGUCCCGUACAAAAACGCCGAGAGCCAGCUGGGGACCGGCACAUGCGGGGUGGGUUCGUGCAGCGGGGUGCGUGCGAGGGUCUGCAAAUGCGGCGGGGCGAGCGAGAGCGCCACGUGCGGGAGCGAGAGGGAGUUCCUGGGCAGAGCGUCUAGGUCCACUUCCCAGUUUUCGCCGGCGAACACCAGCUCCGUCGGCGGAGCGUGUGCGAGGACCUCGCUGGAGGACCAUGACUCCUUUUGUCAAAGUAGAUCACAGAGAAAUGAAGCGGAUGAACGCAAAAGAAAAGGGUGUAGUGGAAAAACCUUAUCAGUUUCUACAAAGAGUAGGGCGGCUGCAAUUCACAACCGCUCAGAAAGGAAAAGAAGAGACAAAAUCAAUCAAAAGAUGAAGACGUUGCAGAAGAUGGUCCCAAACUCCAGCAAGACGGAUAAAGCAUCGAUGUUGGAUGAAGUAAUAGAGUACCUCAAACAGCUUGAAGGUGAAGUCCAAUUUAUGAGAAGUAGGAUGAGCAUGUCGUCAUCCAUGAUGAUGUCAUUGCCACUGGCCCAAAUGUCCAUGAUGGGCCCACCCAUGGGCAUGGGUAUGGGAAUCAUGGGCCGGAUGAUGCCGCCGGUCAUGCCGGGUGCCGCUGCCGGCUUUUUGCCGCCGCCCGUCCACGACGGCAUGCUGCCGCCGGAUAUGAUGUCCGCCUUUCUGGCUUGUCACUCACAACCUAUGACAAUGGAAGCUUAUAGUAGGCUGCACGCUGCCAUGUAUCAACACCUCCAGCAACCACCACCUGGCCCUGGCCCUGAACGGAGUUGUCCGCCAGCGUCCGCCAUGAGUCGAACGGAGCUGCCUGCCGGCAUCCAUCACGGUCCUGUUUGGCGAUAUGCCUGA